AUGCCUCUCAGCACUCAAGCAGCAGGGAACACCUAUAUUUACCCAAAAGGACUGAUGAAGAUAUUCUUGGUGCCUUAUAUGGUGGCUGCAUUAAUUUACAUCAAAUGGCACAUACGUAAACAGCAUCGUGAUGCAGAAUACAACAUUGUCACCUUGAGAACGGAGAUCAGUGUAAUGGAAGACAUGGGUUAUGCUGUGCUGGACGACUUCAGUGAGAACCACUCUGCUGUCAGCCACUCUGAUGACCGAGAUACAUCCAGCUAUGCAAAUGUUGAAACAUCUCCAACAUUAUACCUGCUUGAUCUGGGGCUACUUGCUGCCAGGAUAGCCCUGCAUGCUGGGUGCAUUAACCCCCUAUACCUACUCCCUUAUAUUCGAGGCAGCAUCUACACCUCCGUGGACAUAGAGGCCAGAGCUCAGGCUGAAGCAUACGCCAUAUGGGGAGUCGAUGUUGGUGAUUUACAUCGCAAGCCUCGACUUCCCAGUCGUUUGUGUCAUCACCGAGGGGAGACAGUGUCCCCCAUGUGGCAUCACACGAUGUCUGAAUUUUUCCGUCACCGGGCAACACCGUCUCUUGUUCCAGAUGAUUACAUAGCGGACUCCUGUCUAGUGCCGCGAUACACGCCCCCCGUGACCCGUCACACGCUGGCUCAUCCCCUGCGGUAG